UACGUAAAGGCCGACGACAAAGCCAAGCGUUCCUGUGCCUGACGAGGACUUUCAACGCGUCUCGUAGCGCAACGAUCGGAUCAAACGAGAGGCGACGAUUCUUAAGCUCGAUGCUUGCACAGUUCUUCCCCAGCUUCAUCUCUCACGCAGCGAUGCGCAGCGGCGAUUUCGACGACGAUGGCGAUGAUAGCUCUUCUUACUUCCGGCUGCCACAGAUGCUUAAGUUUAGCGAGAGCGAAUUCCUGGCGCUUACCGGGAAUUUUAGCACUAGCAACAUCCUGGACAGGGGGAGCUUCAGCACCGUGUACAAGGGCGUCUUUCCUGACGGAAACGUUGUGGCUGUCAAGAAGCUGGAGCUUGGAAGACGAGAGCUACGUCCCGUGAGACACAAGAGCUUCUUCACGGAGUUGCAUGUCCUGGGACGCAUCAGGCACAGGAACAUCUUGCCAGUUCUCGGCUACUUCUCGAAUCUCGACUUCAUGGCGGUCAUUGUCCAGUUUAUGCCCAAGGGAAGCCUCCAGAGCAAGCUGCAGCAGAGGCACACUUACAUUAGUCUCGACUGGAGCAAGAGGUACAAGAUAGCCGUAGGAGUUGCGCAAGGUCUCACUUACUUGCAUCACAACUGCAAGCAGCAGUUCGUCCACUGCGACUUGAAUCCCAGCAACAUUCUGCUCGAUGACGAGUUUGAGGCACACAUCGGAAACUUUGGCUUCGCCAAAACUGUCGAGCAGCAGUUGCGGCAGAAGAAGAGAAUCACCAGUUUCCUGCUCACGCCAGGCUACACUGCUCCAGAGGUUUUCUUAGGCGAGAAACCGUCGCCAGAAGCAGAUGUUUACAGCUUUGGAAUCGUGAUGCUGCAGCUUCUAACCAGAAAGUCUCCAACGAGCGCUGAGUUCGGUGAUGGCCUGACUUUGCGAGACUGGACGAAAGAAGCUCUCGAUAGCGGUCGCUGGACUGAUGUUCUGGAUCCACAGCUGCAGCAGGAACUGCUCUGUCAGGAACAAAUGCUUUCUGUAAUGGAGAUGGCCAUGUCCUGCUGCGAUGAACUACCAGAAGCGAGGCCCACCAUGCAAACCGUAACGCGAUUUCUUGUAGGCCUUCAAGACAGCAACAGUCUUGCAAGGUUUCAGAAGUCGAUUGACGCACUCAUUACGGACAGUACGCCUUCUUGGGGGACCAGGAAGCAAAAAAACUCGUCUUUCGGCACGAACUCUUUCACAGCCUCGUUCACCUGCGAGUCAAGAAGUUAGUAUGUUACUGGAGUAUUUAGCAAAGAGUACCUUGGCUAAUCGAUGGCUACUCCCACAAUCCAUGCUUCCACGCUCAAGUCAACUUCAAACUCACACGCAAAAUAUAUAUCAGCAGGAAAAAAAAAACCGAGUUAAAAUAAAAAUAAAAAUGGUGUUAUAUUGCGAAAGAAAUGUGUUAUUUUAAACAAGUUUAUCGUAUACUUA